AUGGCUACCUCGAGGCCCCUUACCGGCCUCAAGAUCCUCGAGUUUGCCGGCCUCGCUCCAGGCCCCUUUGCCGGCAUGCUCCUCUCCGACGCCGGCGCCUCCGUCAUCCGCGUCGACCGCGCAUCCGCCACCACCACCACCACCACCGGCACCCCGCCCCCACCCACCCCCGAUUUCCUCGCCCGCGGCAAAGCCUCCAUCGCCGUCGACCUCAAGUCCCCCGCCUGCCUCCCCCUCAUCCGCCGCCUCGCCACCCACGCCGACGUCCUCAUCGACCCCUUCCGCCCCGGCGUCCUCGAAAAGCUCGGCCUCGGCCCGGCGGAGCUCACCACCGCCAACCCCCGCCUCGUGUACGCCCGCCUCACGGGUUUCCGCCGCGACGGGCGCUACGCCGCCAUGGCCGGCCACGACAUCAACUACCUCGCCGUCUCCGGCGUCCUCGCCAUGCUCGGCCGCGCCGACAGCCCGCCCCACGCCCCGCUCAACCUCGUCGCCGACUUUGCCGGCGGCGGCCUCGCCCUCGUCCACGGCGUUCUUCUCGCUCUCCUCGCCCGCGCCACCUCGGGCCGCGGCCAGGUCGUCGAGGCCAACAUGGCCGACGGCGCCUCCUACAUCGCCACCUUUCCCCGCCUCGCCCUCGGCACCCCGCUCGCCGACCGGCCCCGCGGCCAAAACACCCUCGACGGCGGCUGCCCCUGGUACGACGCCUACGAGACCCGCGACGGCAAGUACGUCUCCGUCGGCGCCCUCGAGCCCCAGUUCUUCGCGGCCCUGCUGCAGGGCCUCGGCCUCCAGGACCGCGGCCUCGAGCGAGACCGCGCCAACCGCGCCGCGUGGCCCGCCAUGCGCGCUCUCUUUGCCCGCACUUUUGCCGCCAAGACCCGCUCCGAGUGGGAGGCCGUCUUUGACGGCACCGACGCUUGCUGCGUCCCCAUCCUCGACUACGAGGAGCUGCGCUCCGACCCCCAGCGCGAGGGCGACCAGAGGCACUUUGUCACCCUGCGCGAUACUCCUUGCUUCGAGUUCGACCCCCUCCCCCGCCGCCGAUGGCCAGGGCUCUAG